GGAGCGUUAGUUCAAUGGAUGCUGCUGGCCAUAGAUGUUGACGCAGCGUCAUCCGGAAGGGGUGUAUGCACAGACAUCACGGGCUGCUUCUGCGUCUGCAGCCUGUGCCCCGCCCUCACCGACUCCCAGCAGCAUCACCGGCAGCUGCUGUCACAAACGGGAGAAAUAGGUUCACCGCUUACCGAUCCUGGCGGGGGGGGCGUCGUGUUUUCUCAAUGCUUAUCGUGGUAGGCUUCGUCAAUUUGCAAGUAGCCUCCAAAAAUAUUAAUAUAGGCCUAUGAGACCCUGUCGAGUGGCAAUAUCCAGCGUGUCUGCUGUUAUUUUACCCGGACUGAUUCGCGCGUUACAGCCUCAGUAGUGUGAUCGCCUCAUCUCUGUUGCUCUCGGAGGUUGUAAGAGGUUUUUUUUUUCGAAGGGCAUCAUUGAGCGACACGGUGCGACAACGAUGUGCACGUUUGACGGCUACACUAAGCAAGUGGGAGGGAACCUGUAUCUGCUGCUGUAGUCAUUGAGUUUUUUUAGAGUUCCGAGCCAUAUCCAGGGUUCAAGCUCUCUGCUUCAGCGCCUGGCUUGAGCCUGCAACGUCAUGAGUUGAUCGCGUCUGACAGAUGUUACUGUGUUGCAGUUGCACAGGCGUACGUACUCCGCUUGUUCUCGCUGUUUUGGGGAUGAUUCUGUGAAAAACACAGCUCAUUUCAUAAAUGUUUAGUCCUCGCUUUGUGCUCGUGCUGAUUGCAACCUUCUUGUAGUCUUCGCGUUUACAUAAAAUGAUACCUGGAUCUGCCGCAUCAAUGCUACCGUCUGCAGAAGCGGCGAAAUUGUACCAGACCAAUUACGUCCGCAACUCCCGAACCAUCGGACUCUUGUGGGCCAUCUUCACUAUCCUGUUCGGCAUCGUGAACGUGAUUAUCUUCUCACAGCCCUAUUGGAUUGGGGAUGGCAUGGAUACGCCGCAGGUCGGCUACUUCGGCCUCUUUCACUUCUGCGUCGGAGACGGAAUCGCCAGAGAGCUGGACUGCCAGGGCAGCUUCACCGAGUUCGCGGCUAUCCCCUCCACUGCGUUCAAGGCCGCCUCCUUCAUCGUUGGAAUGUCCAUGAUGCUGAUCGUCACCUGUAUCGCCUGCUUCAGUCUCUUCUUCCUCCUCAGCACCUCAACCGUGUAUAAGAUCUGUGGCUGGAUGCAAGCAGCAUCAGGUGUGUGUCUGGUGCUGGGCUGUAUGAUCUAUCCUGAUGGGUGGGACAGCGAAGAGGUGAGGCGGAUGUGCGGUGAGCAGACGGACAAAUACAGCCUGGGAGCAUGCUCAGUGCGUUGGGCCUACAUCUUGGCGAUUAUGGGUAUUCUGGACGCCCUCAUCCUGUCCUUCCUGGCCUUCGUCCUGGGGAACCGGCAGGACGGACUGAUGACCGAAGAGCUGCUUGCUGAGAGCAAGGAGGGAGGCAACGCCUAACCAAAUCUUUAGGUUCCUAAACCCCAUGUGUCCAUUGUCAUAAAGUACCUGUCCUUCAACAUCAGCUAAGAGAAGGGAGGCGUUCAUGCCUGUGAAGAAGAAGAAUACCAUGGAACCAGCCAGCCUGCCUUUCACAUCUCCCAAAAAAACCCAGUGUAACCUUCCCUUCAGGUCCAGCCAUCUUGCUUGCAGUCCCUUCAUCAUCUCCAGCACUUUGACAGAGCCCAAUGCACUUUUACCCCCCCCCCCCCCCCCCCCCCCCCCCAACCCCC